AUUAAUUAAUAUUCGAAGAGAAUAGGGGGGUGGAAAAAUAAUAAUAAGUUCGAACUGAUUAAUAAUGUAAGCGGACUGAUAAAGAAAACUACCAUCCAGUCAAGUUUCCUACUGCUUUUGACAGCAAAACAGGUCACAGUCAAAAAGUUGUUCAUCCUGUCUUGAGGGGGGAAGGGGGUUGAAAAUCAUAGUAGGCCACCUGCCUCGUUCUAAAACUCAUCUCAAACGUAGCGGAAGUUAGUUGAUAUUGGUGUCGUUAAUACGACAGACAUUAUCGCUUUGAUUAUUGUCCCGUCUCUACGCGAUUAUGAGGAGACAAACUAUUGUAAGCUGCUAUCCAAUUCAUGGAAAGUUAUAAAACUAUUUGCCCAUGGCACCCUUCCUAUUAUUGAUAAUGAUAGUUACGCUAUCAGAAAUUAAAAGUCAAAGCUGUGGUCCUCGGAUAAGCGCACGCCUGCUUAUGGAUAUACCUUGUGAUAUGAACAAAAGUAAUUACUGUACGCAUCCAGGUUCUGCUUAUCCCUGGCAAGCUGUUAGGAAGUAUAUUUACGACAAUCAGGGAUUAAUGAGAAGGAUGUACGGCGAUGAAGUGCACAGUAUUGUGCUCAGGAACGAAAUAUCAGCUAGGAGAGAGAAAUAUGACGUAAGUUGGUCUGCUAGGUCAGGUUUCGAGCGUUCUGUAACAAAUCUUCGACCCCGGGCACGACCAUCUUCAGUUUCGAAGACUCUGACAUCAUCCAACACCAAAGAAACUACGGCUGGUAAUUUAAAUGUGACGUCAGAAAAUUCUCCGGGCGAUUUAGAUGUAGAAACUUCAACAGCUGUCCCGUCAAUUGCUACCGAAACUACCAGUUUCGCCAGUAGAACCGAUACAGCUUUCACCGAGGAAGCAGUAAGUGUCGAAGACGUCACAGAAGAUAAAUUAUCAAACACCAUUCAUACCGAUGACGUAGACGAAACAGCGGAGAAAAAUACGGAAAACGUAGAAGAAGAAUACUUCGAAAGAGGAGUGAAUGCUUGCCCCGUCAAGGAAGAAGUCGUAGCACCCUAUUGGGCUAAUAAUACGAGGGGUGAAACUCUGGCUUUACUUAACGUUUAUCCUUUUCAGCAAUACGUCAUAUGGGAAUCGUGUGCUUUUGCAGGGGAGCAGAUGCUAUGCCGGAAAGGAUGCAAGUGCGAGCAGCAAUAUCGGUUACAUCGUCUCUUAGCUUUCGAUCCUAAAAACGAAUGUAGAGGAGUUUUCUCCGAUUGGUUUCGAUUCCCUUCUUGUUGUGUUUGUAUUUGUUAUUCUGUAUCUCGCGAUUCCGAAGAAGAAUGAAUUUGUUUGUGUGUUCAAAAAGUAUUUUUAAAGACUGCCCCAAUCGAAGUCAUUUCGACCAAAUUAUUCCUCAUCAAUCUGUAGAGUCCAGUGUGAUGGUCUGUAGAAUAGCAUUUUGUGAUAAUAAAUUUUUUUUACCAAAGCCAAUCAAU